AUUGUGUACAAAAAAGUUACCUUAAAAAAUAAUUUGUAAAAAAUGCCGCUUUGUAUUGCAAUCGGUUGUUGCAAUAAAAGCUACCGAAAAAGCAAAGAGCAAAUUAAUAUUGAAAAAAAUAUUGCAAUUACAUUUCACCGUUGUUAUAGGCUUAUUGACGGAAGCUCCUCGCGUGAACCGCGUGAACGUUGUUUUUACGCACGGACUUCGGUGGAUUGAAACGUACCUUGCAUGCUACUAUUUAUUUUAUAUACAAUUUAGUUGAUAUGUGUGUUUCAUUAGAUUUCCACAAGAUGAAUCAAAAAAAUUAACUUGGGCUAAAGUUAUGGGCCUUCAGAUGGAAUGUUUACCCAAGUCUUCACAUUUAUGCUCGUUGCAUUUUUCGGACGACGACUUCGAUCGCAGUUCCCUGACACGAAUAAGAUUGAGAGAAAAUGCCAUUCCAAUUUCAAAUAUUUCAAAAGUUGCGGGUGCAGAAGAAGUCUCUUUGCAAAGUAAUACAUUGUCAGCUACAUCAACAGAGUCGGUGCACGAGGAUGAUUCGAUUUGCGAGCCGGAAAUAAGCAGAAUUACAUUAAAAAGAAAAAGAGAAGAAGAGUCUACUUCAUUUGGUGUGUAUACCGAGCGACUGGAGGAUACACCACGGAAAAAAUUAUUGCGCAAAACUUUAAUGCACCAAAAGAAAUAUUAUGAAAGGCAAGUGCAAACAUUAAAACAAAAAAAUAAGCGGUAUGAGAAACGGAUCGCGCAAUUGAAUACAGUUCUAAAAGAACUCAAACAAAAAAGUUUAUUGGCAGACGAACAUGCCGAUAUGCUGGAUUUGUCGUAAGAUAUCUUAAAAAGUCAUUGUAUUGCGAAGACUGUGUUCAUGCGUUAACUUCAGAUGAUAAAAAUGAUGAAAACUCUAUUUUGAUACAAAUCAAAAGCCGCGGACGUUUACAAUACCCAUCGUCUAGUGUGACGAAAAUUUGUCACGAAGCAGAAAGAGUUAUCCGCUUUGCUUUAGCAGAAAGUGGAGGAAAAUUUAUGAAAAAAAAAUUUACAGAUACUUAUCUUGUAAAUUCGGUACUUCGAAAAUUUACUGACUCCAAUAAUUUAUUUAUUAAUUUAAAAGAACAUUCACAUGAUCAAACUGCUUUGGAAAACCAUAUAAUACAUUUAACAAAAGCAAUUGCUGGCAAAUAUAUUAAAGUUAGAUUAUAUCAUAUUUGUAAAGAAGCUAUGGAAGAUAAUAAACAAAGUGAAAGACACUUUCGCAAUAAAUUAACAUUGUUCCAAGGACAAUAGUAUUUCAAAUUACAUUAUCUUGUGUUUUAAUGAUAUUGUAUCAAUGUUAUUCUCGAAUGAUUGUAUCAAUUUAAAUAAAUAUUGUAUCAAUUUUUUCUGUAAUUAUUGUAUCAAUUUCAAUAAAUAUUGUAAUAAAAAUUAUUUUAUUUUACAAAAA